GUGGUAAGCGCUGUCCUGUGCUGAACAGUCACUUCAAAGGCGUCGUAGUACCAAUAUAGGACUGACGCCAAUGGCAGAGUAACAAAGCCAAAUUUUCUUGCAUUCAAUCUGCACCGAGUCCACCAGACCAUGUAGCGUCAUUUCCUUCUCUUCGUCAAGUCUCUGCAUUCCCGGAGCAGAACUUCUUGAUGACUGUACCCUGGCCCACGCUCCGCACUGCCUUGAAACACGACACUGCGCUCUCAGCGAGCAUUUGAACGAAUUUUUUUCUUUCCGCCCAUGCCUGUCUUCGUACUUUUACCAUGCUCUUUGCGAUGCUCAACCGCUUCGCCGAACUCACUUCCAAUCUUGAAGCGAGCCUCGCACCGGAACACCUGAACCCAACACGAUCUGCCGACGAUUCCGCACAACCCAGCAUCAUCCGUCUUUUGUAAACAACAUUCGCAAUGCCCUCUUCGCAUACAUCCGUGCACCAUCGCAUGGUACUGUACUCCUACUAGAAAGCCAACAUCAGUGUAGUCUCGCCAGCGAAUAAAAUGAGGCUGCAUACACACACAUCUCUCUCACUCCCUACGGAUCAUACCCGAAUAACCCAACUCAAAUGAAACCAAAA